AUGGUUCGAAUUGAAAUGAACCCGUUAGAUGACGGGGAAAAUAUUCGACAUUUAAAAUGUGUCCUUGUUGGUGACGCUGCCGUCGGGAAAACAUCACUAAUUGUUUCAUAUACCACAAAUGGUUAUCCAAAACAAUAUAUUCCAACAGCAUUUGAUAAUUAUUCUGUUUUGGUAAAGGUUGAUAAUCAACCAAUACGUUUACAACUAUGUGAUACUGCUGGAAAGGCCGGAUUUGAUUCACUACGACCAUUUACCUAUCCAGAUACAGAUGUCUUCUUGUUAUGUUUCAACGUUAUGCUACCCAGUACUCUCCGGUCAAUUACCGAUCAUUGGAUACCGGAAAUUAAUAAAACAGUACCUAAUGCACCCAUAAUCCUAGUUGGCACACAAUCAGAUUUACGUGCAAAUGUUAGCUUGGUAAUUGAUUUAUGCAAAAAUGGUGAACAACCGGUUAGUGAAACAAAAGCACGAAUGUUAAGUGAAGAUUUAUGCGCUGAUUAUUUAGAAUGUUCCGCAUUAACACAACAUAAUCUUAAAGAAGUUUUUGAUGCAGCAAUAUUAACAGCAUUACGUAGUAAAUCAUCAUCCAAUACAACGACCACAUCAUAUACAACUAAAAUUACCAAUAUGAUACGUUUAACACCACGUGAACCACGUGAACAACGAGGUAUUCUUACUAAUAAUGGUAAUGAAAGAGAUGAGAAAAAAUCAAGUCGUAUUAGGCAAGGUUUUAAAAGGAUUGUUACAUUAACAAAAAGAUUUCUUUAA